AUGACUGCUAGUUUCUCAAUUUCAGUUGACUACGUCCAGCCCCGGGGUGUCGCUACCUUCUGGCGGCUGGAGGAGAACAAGGUGUUCGAGGUGGCCCUUGCGAAGCAUUUUCUAGACGUAGACAGAUACGAGCGAAUCGCUGCGUACCUCCCUAACAAGACAGCCAGUGAUGUACAGAAGCGCUUUAGGGAGCUGGAGGACGAUCUGAGGCGAAUUGAGGAAGACCAUGACAGUGCUUCUGCCCAGAGUGCGCCAUCACCGGCUCCACGCAUUGACGAAAAUCCCGCAAAGAAGCCGAAGGCGGACGUGCCCGCAAAUGGAGAUCGUCGGAAAGGCGUUCCAUGGACGGAAGAGGAACAUCGCUUGUUCCUGCUGGGCCUUGCAAAGUUUGGGAAGGGCGACUGGCGCAGCAUCGCCCGAAAUUUCGUGGUAUCACGCACCCCGACACAAGUCGCAAGUCAUGCACAAAAGUAUUUCAUUCGCCUGAACAGUCUAAAUAAGAAGGACAAGCGACGGGCGUCCAUCCAUGACAUAACGAGUCCCACAUUACCCGCAUCUGCGCCCAACGCGAAUCCCACCACGGGCAUAUUGCCGAAUGGCGCUGCUGGCUCCACCGCAGCGGCGGCAGCAGCCGCAGCCGCGGCAGCAGCGGCUGCGGUAGUCAAAGCUCCCUCCGCCGCUUCGGCCGCACCGUCCCCUGUGCCCUCCUCACCGGCUCCACCGCCCCCGGCCGCGCCCCUGGUGUCAUCCCCCGCUCAGUCUGCUGCCGCUGCAAUGGCAGCCGCCGCAGCAGCGGCAGCGGCUAGCACCUCGAGCGUCUUCGCUCAGUUGGCGAUGCAUGGCAUGAGCAUUCCGCAGUCGGGGAUGGUGCCACCGAUGGCGAUGCCAUCAGCGCCGUACAUGGUUCAGGUAUGAUGCCGGUCGAGUGUGGACAGAUGCCACGCUGGAAAGGCUCGUUUACUAUAUUGCUUUGGUAUUUUGGGGAGAGCGUCCCUUAUGCUUAUGACCCGUGGCACCAGCAGGCUCGAGGCGGGAAGGCUUCAAAGCCGGUGGGACAGUAAUGCCGCUAAACUUGAUGGUGUUGGUCGUUGAACCUCGUCGUCGGAUCGUUUGUUUAAUUAGAUUUUCCGAUUUCGCUCAACAAGCCAAGAACAAACGGAAUUCGCAUUUGUUCUUUUUGAAAGAAAAUUUACUGGUGGUUGAAUGUGUCUGUGACAUGCACUGUUUUCUGCAUGGUAUGCGUAAACAUCCUGUUGGUCAGGUUGC